UAUUUUAUUUAUUUAUUUUAUUUAUAACCCCCUUACACCGCACCGCCUUUUUUUUUAUACCCAAAAUACCCUUUUUAUCCUACCUCAAAGUUCCAGCCAACUUGUUUUCCUCUUCUUCUCUUCUUCCUACUUCCUCCUUCCUCCUCCCUCCUCAGAGAAAGGGAUCACCAAUAGCUUCGACUCAGGGUUUCUGAAACUUUCUUUUGAAGCGAUUUCUAAGGUUUCGUUUGCAGGGCUUGGUUAUAUGUGAUGUGAGUCGAAGCCUUUUCUAAGGUUUCAAUCGCGAACAUGGAUGGAGCUGAAUCGAGCUUUCAUGGGGCUUUUCGUAGUCCUCUUUCGGAACCUGAGAUUGCGGAUAGGGGGCGGAAAUUGGAAGCUUCUGAAAGCAAUUUGUUGGGACUUGCUGAUGUAUUGAAUUUCAAUAAUGAAGUGAAUGAGGUUUCCAAGCCUGAAACUGAGACUAUUGGACAAGCGUGUGAUGAUAUGCAGACUCAAAACCAACGUCUACUACAGCGGACUAAGAGAGACGAGUAUAAAAUGAAGAAAUUGAAAUCUAAAAUGGGAGCUGGCAACCCAAAUCAAAGUGCGUCUUCCACGCAGUUAACGGCUCAGAGUGAUGGUUUAGGAAACGAUGGGCUUAUCCCUCAGCUUCUUACGUCUGUCCCAUCCCUAAACGAUGCUGCAUCUUAUCUUGCACAAACAACAUCAUUCAUAACUGGAUGUUUUAAUGACUAUUCUGUAGAACCUUCAUCUAGAGACGUGGAAGAUUCCAACUUACAAGCACAUGAAUUGGUAAUGUUUUCAUCUGGGCAAACACAGGGGUCUCAGGCUAGCUCUAGUGAUGUUGCGUCUUCAAGUGGGUAUCAUUUAACACAUACAGAAUCAUCUAAUACUGAAGCUAGCUCCUCAGUUGGGGAUUCAUCUCGAAUUUCUAGCUCUCUUGUACAAUCAAAUCAAAAUGGUCAAAGUGGCAUUUCCAUUUUUCAAGGCCUCAUUAAUCGAGUUCGAAGAACUGUCUGUGGAUCCGCUGAUGACAUUGGGUGGAUGCAACGUGAUCCGGAGAUGCCUCCAGUUGAAGACGGGACACACAGAUUCACAGAAACUCUUGAUAGUAUCAGGCAUGGCGUUCACAGGUUGCCAAAUUCAAUGGUUUACUUAUUGGUUCCAGGUCUUUUCAGCAACCAUGGACCACUGUAUUUUGUAAAUACAAAAAUGAGCUUCUCAAAGAUGGGUCUGGCUUGUCAUAUUGCCAAGAUUCACAGCGAGGCCUCAGUCGAAAAAAAUGCUAGGGAGAUAAAGGAGUACAUUGAGGAAAUCUAUUGGGGUUCUGGGAAGCGUGUUUUGCUUCUUGGACAUAGUAAAGGAGGAAUAGAUGCGGCUGCUGCUUUGUCAUUAUAUUGGCCUGAUUUAAAAGAUAAAGUUGCUGGCCUUGCAUUAGCUCAAAGUCCAUAUGGUGGCAGUCCAAUUGCUUCAGAUAUCUUGCGAGAAGGGCAGCUUGGCGAUUACGUAAAUUUACGAAAACUUAUGGAGAUUCUGAUCUGUAAAGUAAUUAAGGGUGAUUUGCAAGCUCUUGAAGACCUAACAUACGAGAGACGUAGAGAAUUUCUUAAGAAACACCACUUGCCAAGGGAACUCCCUGUUGUUUCAUUCCGAACAGAAGCUGCCAUAUCUCCUGCUGUUUUAGCAACAUUAUCGCGUGUUGCGCAUGCAGAGCUACCUAUGAUGGCUCCCCUUUCUGCUGGCCAAUCAAUAACAAAACUGCCUGUUGUAAUACCUCUUGGUGCAGCAAUGGCUGCCUGUGCUCAGCUUCUGCAGAUCAGGUAUGGUGAGAAGAGCGACGGUCUUGUCACAUGCCGUGAUGCAGAAGUUCCUGGUUCCAUUGUAGUAAGGCCAAAACGCAAACUAGACCAUGUCUGGAUGGUUUACUCGUCGUUGACAGAUGACCCUUCUGAGGCUGAUGCGUCUCAGGUGUGCGAGGCUCUCUUGACAUUGCUUGUGGAAGUUGGGCAAAAAAAGAAAAAUGAACAUGCCAUGAAAAACGAAUGACAAAUGGGUUUCCAUCUUGUCUCUCUGUUAUUGUUGUACUUGUACAUUUUUCGUACAUUAGUCAAAAUAUCUUAUUCUUAUAUUACAAAUAUAAGACCGUCUCCCAUAUAGUAUAUUUUGGCAACAAAAAAUCGAUAAAUGUUAUAUUUGGUAAACCAUUUCUAAA